UGCAGACUUGCAGUAGUUCUGUCUGUGUCUGCAAACAGGAAAAAGAUAUUGUACAGCUGUAAUCCGGUCAAUGGCAGGCAGCCUGACACGUGGCAGCCGGUGAACCACUUGCUCAUCUCCUGUGUAGUUUGUACUCCGUAUAAUGUUUUGGGCAGACCAAUAUCAGUAGUCAUUCACGCAUUGCACAUUUACUGGCUUAUCCCAAGGCUGCAAACAGUGAAUAUCAGAAUCUCUCCCUUUUCUCUCUCUCUCUCUCUCUCAUGGUAACUCCAAUAUUUUGGGUUGAGGAAAAGGUGUUUGUAAUGGAGUCAUGAAGCGAAAGGUUUCCUUGCCUGUAUCUUGUCGACGAUGAGCAGUGGCAACAAUGAAGAACUGGAUUUAAGGCUUGCUUUGGGAUAUUCUGAUCAGAAUAAUGCGUCGAGAGUGAACAAUGGCGAGUCGGGUGCAGGUGUAAAUGCGGGUACAGGGGGAAUAGUGGGCAUGACAUUUGCAGCAUCUGAUCCCUUAUCUGAGCUAGUUUGGUCCCCUCACAAAGGUUUGAGUCUGAAAUGCACUGCCACUGCCUUAGCUGAUAAAAAGCCUCUUCUUUUGUGGAAUAUGGGGCCUAGCAAUGUGACUCACAAUUCACCAUCACAAACCAAUAUAUUCGACGAUGAAGGUAAUAAAGAUGUUGGGAAAGGCAAGCUUCUAGUGACCGAAGCGAUGUCUCUGUUAGACAUGGAGGAUGCUCAGAGAAUUAUACAUCUCGGUAAAUCUUCUUCCAGAAAUGUUGUUGCUCCCACCAGGCCAAGCUGUGGAAACGAAAUGGGAAACAGCAGUGGAAGGGAGAGAUUGAACACCGGAGAUACUAAUAAAAUUGCAGAAAAUCUAAGUAAGAAAAGAAAGAAGGAUGCCUCGCCCCCACAGCAUAUUCAAAUCACUCAAAACGACAAAUAUAAUGCAGGUCCGGGGGAAGAGAGAGCACAGAAGUCUCUGCAGCAAGUGGCUGAGGAUAACGCGAGUGGCAAUCAGAUUCUGGGAUUAGGAUUAACGUUAUCCUCUGAAAUUCAUUCCUCAAGAAAGUUGGGAUCUCAAGUUGCUCUGAAUUUGAUACCUCAGCAGGAAUCAAAUGAAAAGGCGGCGUCUUUAGAACAAGAAAGUGGAGGUAAAAGGGAGGAGCACUUGGAAAAGCAGGAAUCCAGUGCUGAAAAUGACAAGCAGAAGUUGGUUACAAAAGAAGGCAGUGAACAGAACGAGAAGAGAGUUACGAGGGAGAAUUCGGUGCCACUUGAAACCUCUCUAGCGUUGCGUAGAAGGAAAGGAAAGGAGAAAGUUUUCUCGGAUGGUAAUGGCAAUGGCAAUAGCAGAAUGUCGAGUAACGAGGAAGAAGACAGCCACGAGAGCGUGGAUAGCUGUAACAGUACGAGGAUGUUUCCUCAAGGCAAGAGACAAUUGCAGUUGGAACAACAACCAUUGGUUGUUGGGGGCAAAAGGAUCAAGACAGAAUUGCAAGGGCACACUGCUUCGACCUCGAAUGUUGGGAAUGAUAGCUCGUUUAUGACUUGGAUAUCAAACAUGGUAAAUGGUUUCUCGAAAACCAAUCGAGAAGAGGCUCCUCUACCCCUCCCCCUCGCCCAUUCUUUACCCGGGAAUGAAAGAAACCGUGGUGAGAUCAUCACAUAUUGCAAAGAUGUCGAGAGAAACAACACCGGGUUCCAAACUAUGUUCCACUCGCUUCUUUGCCCACCCGAGCCAAGAACAUUAAAAGAUGACUCUUCAACGAGAGAAUCUAAAGAAGUUAUCUUGCCCGGGAAUGAUGAGAUUGUUGCAUAUGACAAAAACCACAACUCGGGGAGUGAAAACACGGGCUUCCAAUCUAUGUUUCGUUCACUUUUUCGCCCACCUUCAGUGAUGCCUGAAAAAAGAAUGUUAAAAGAUGACCCUCCAACAAGAGAAUCUAAAGAAGUUAUCUUGGCUGAUAAGAUGAUAAUCGAAGCUUCACCGAUUAGCUGCCACCGGGAGAGUAGUGGAUCAGAUGAACAAAUUUUCGUGUCGAGUGAUAAAGUCAUCACAUCUGCAUUGGCACACAGGGAUGGGAUAUCAACUAAAUUCCCAAUUAAGUCUUUCAAUGUCGGUCCAACAUGGGAUGCUUGCAAGUCCACUUCAACCGAGAAGAAAUCUUCUGGCAAUUCCUCGAGUCGAAAGACAACCGAGGGAGGGAAGUCCUCGGGUUCUCUUCGUAAACUCAAAACCCGAAAUGGAAAUAACAACAGUUCCAGUCAUCCUUCUGAAGCUCAAAACUUGUGGAUUACUCGGUUUUGUGUCAAAGACCAUCCCGGUGCCAUGAACUUAGACGAAUUCAAGGAGAACAGAGAUGAAACAACACAGUGUUCUCCUGAUCACACGAGGUCUAAUCCAAAUGCACAAGUUUCUUCUGAAUUUCCCAUUGAUCAGAAAGGUCAAUUGAAGAGCUCAGAGGCAAUGGCGUCACUGUUUGCAAGGCGACUAGACGCCAUUAAACAUAUCGUACCUUCAACACCUCAAAACGAAGCUAUGUGCUUACCAAAAGGUGCAUUUGAUGCUAUAAGGAGAAUACGAGUGUCUCGUGGUACUAUCCUCAAAUGGAUGAACUCCAAGUCGUCGCUGUCACAUUUAGAUGGAUUUUUCUUGCGUUUGAGAAUCGGGAAACAGGAAGCUGAGCUAGGCAGAACAGGCUACUACGUUGCACGUAUAUCUGGAACCCAAAAAGAGAAUCCCGCAACUGAUUCUAAGAAAUUCAUCCCUGUAAGCGUUGGUAGUAUCGAAUGCUUUGUCGGGUGCCAGUACGUGUCCAACCACGACUUUCUGGAGGACGAACUAUUGGCAUGGUGGAGCAGAACUUCAGAAAGCGGGUGGAAGGUUCCCUCAGAAGAUGAGUUGAGAAUAAAACUCGAAGAGAGGAUGAAGUUGGGUUUCUAGAAUUCUUUGGAAAAGAUCAAUGUAAGUGCAAAGAUUUGAGCUUCAUGAACAUAUAUAUAUAUAUAUGCAACAUCAAUAGUAUUCUCAAGCAGCAAUAAAAUUAAAAGAAGAAUCUCGCUACUUGUUUUCUCGUCUUUGGCAAGGAUUUUGCAGCAAGAAUUCAUGUUUUCUGAUCUUCACCUGAUUAAGGCUAAAGCUUUAAUUUAAAGAACUGCAUUAUUGGAUCCAAGGCUUUUUUUGUGUUUUUGUUUUGGAUUUUGAUUUUCACCUGGAGUUGUAAUGCUGGGUCUAUUCUUUCCAUUGCUUUAAUUUUGAUACCAUAAAGAGAAAAGAAAGCAAUGGGUUAUUGGAAAUUUUCUUGGUUUAAGUGAAUAUGGUGCAUCUUUUAAUGAAAUAUAUGAAAGGUGUAAUAAUAUGAACAAAUGUUUGUAAGUAUUCAUGAAAGGUUGCAAUUAUUUAAAUGUGAUCUUGAAUUA